AUGACUUUCUCGAAAGGCAUUUCGCAGGAUAGUGCUGCUAUAAUGUCAACAGUCCUGGAAGGCAUGUUAUACGGCUUUUCUGUCCUUAUGUUUAUUGGCACCAUGUGGGCACUAACCUACAAACGUCACAUACGAGACGCGAAUCGUCCAAUCACUGCUGUGGCCGUCCUGCUGUUGGUGCUGAGUACCGCGCACAUGGUCGUAGACAUCAUUCGGACUGAAGACGGGUUGGUGAAGUACCGCAGUAUUUCAGGCGGCUCAGAGGCGUUCUUCGCAGACGUUCCCGGAGAAAUAUUUGUGAUCAAGAACGUGAUAUUCGUUUUGCAAACUUUGGUCGCCGACGGGGUGGUGAUUUAUCGUUGCUAUGUCGUUUGGCAGACCGUCUGGGUUACCAUCCUACCAAGCAUACUGUGGUGUAGUGUCGCAGCCACUGGCGUUUAUUCAGCUUUUAACUUUUCUCGAGUUGCGCAUAUGGCUAGCGUCUCCGGCAGCGUCCCCAGCCCAGCGGCUCGUGAAUGGAUCUUGACAUUCUAUGCAUUGGCAUUUGUAACGAAUUUAUUGAGUUCAGGGUUACUGGUGUUUCGUAUCUGGAAAAUCGAACGCAGUGUCUCUACCUCUCGCGCUACGAAAUCCACCACGACGAGCAUAUUACGGGUAAUUGUGGAUGCUGCUAUUGUGUACUCCAUAGCGCUCCUCUGCACCCUAAUCACUUCCGUCUGCUCGAACAAUGGAACGUUUGUCAUGAUAGACAUACUCAUGCCCAUCAUCUCCAUUGUUUUCUACAUGGUGAUGAUCCGAAUCGCAAUCAGUAGAAACAGUCAUGUUUUGACUGUCCGUGGAUGGUCCACCAGUGAGACGAAUCGGGGAAACUUGCAGCAAUAUCCUUUGAAGCCUAUGCAGGUCCAUAUAUCUCAGUUGACGCACAAUGAUGGUGCCUCAAUGUACAGAAAUGGGAAUCACGACCGACCAUCGACAGGCAAGGAGGUGCCUGCGGAAGGGGCAUCUUACGACGUGUAA